CUGGUUGCACCCCGCGCGCUCUGGGUUAGUACUUCCUCAAUCCGGUGCAAGCUUUUGGGAUAAUUUUGUAGCAGCAGCACAUUUACAAUUAUAUAUAUAAAAAACUAAUUGCAGCAAAAAAAAUGUCCAAACCGCCGCCUAAACCAGCCAAACCAGGUCAGGUGAGAGUUUACAGAGCUCUAUUUGCAUUUGAACCCAGAACACCAGAUGAAUUAUACUUUGAUGAAGGAGAUGUACUUUACAUUUCAGAUAUUAGUGAUCCCAAUUGGUGGAAAGGAACUUGCAGAGGCCGAUCAGGAUUAAUUCCAAGUAACUAUGUGGCUGAGCAUGUAGAGUCAAUCGACAACCCUUUGCAUGAAGCUGCCAAACGAGGGAAUGAAAGCUGGCUGAAAGAAUGUUUAGACAACAGAGUUGCAGUGAACGCUCUCGACAAAGCUGGAAACACAGCUCUGUAUUGGGCAUGUCAUGGAGGACACAUGGGAAUAGUGAAAAUUCUGCUUUCCCAACCAAACAUUGAAUUAAAUCAACAGAAUAAACUGGGAGACACUGUCGUGCAUGCUGCUGCAUGGAAGGGUUAUGAAGAUAUUCUAGAGCUGUUACUUAUGAAAGGUGCCAGAAUAGAUCUGAAAAACAAUGAGAAUAAAGUGCCGCUAGACAUGGCCACCAAUCCACAAUGUUCUUCUCUCCUUAAAAAGAAAUCUGGACAAGGUAUCACAAGAACUGCAAGCAAUGCAGAGGAAUACCUUGAUGAUGAAGACUCUGAUUAAUUUUUUUCCCCAAAGUUAGAGCAUCAAACAUAUGCUAAUAUUCCCCUGGUUUGUUUGUCUCCAUUUUGCUUGAAGUUUCUAGGCAACUGGUUUAAAAAAAAAACGAAGUUAUUGAAUUUCAAAACUGAAUUGCAGGAAUAUUCUAGGAAUUUUACACUUCAUUGCUGUUUUCUGGUUUCCAUUUACCCAUAUGCUCUGUUGUGAUUGCAUAAAGAAAAAUGUGAUUUGAACUUACUAUAAGCCUUUUUUUUAAUCAUUAAGCUGAUACUGAUUGAACCAAUUUGAAACAUGCAAGAUUUGAACAUCAAAAUAUAAGUUUUUAAACAAGCUCCAUACUGAAAAUAACCUUCCUUGAGACUAUUCCAAAGUGUAAUAUAAGCAGUCAGACAAUCAGAGAAUAAAUUUUGCUUGAAAACUACUGUGCUAUUUUCACCAAAGUGGAAAUUUUCUUUGUUCCCUGCUUUAAUCUAUUUGUUGCUUUGCACUCUGGCAACAAUCGUAAUUUGACUAAUUACAGCAACAAAAAGUUGUUUUUUAAUCUUAAUACUGUCAUCCUAGCUACAACAAACCUAAAAGAUAAUCUUUGUUAUUGGCAUUUAGACAGCAUUUUUACAACAACUUUAGAGCAAUUAUCACAUGGUAUGAAAUUAUUACACUUGGUAAUAACAUUGCAAUUGAAGUUAUUCACUUCCCCCCAACUCCUCCCCAAACUACUGCCAUAAUUCUGCUGUGUCUGCGUGUUUUACAGCAGUAUUCCUAUGCAUACUGUAAAGAAUUGUCAUGUUCAAAGUGAUAAUUUUACUACAUAGAUGCUGCUUACAAACUUGAUGUCAUUUUUUGUGUGACACUGUAUAUUCGUACUGCUUAACUUGUCAUUGUGCUCAAGUCCAAUGCAAACAAUAUUUCACUUCACUGUUAGACUUUCUGAAUUGGUGGGCUGGCAGCUCAGAUCUUUUAAUGGAGAAUUUUAAAGCUAAUUAUUUGCUGCUUCAUUAUGUAUUUUCACCAAAUAUCUUUAAUUAUGAAACAUUUGAAGCAGCUCAUUUGGAAUGAGUAAAAGACCCCUUUAACUGACAUUACUGCAUGGCAUUUUAUUAUUUCCCAUAAAGUUCUGAUUACAAUUAAGUAGUUAUUUUGUUUCACAUCCUUGUGUGAACAAUCCAAACAAAUACAUGCCUUGGAAUGCCUGCAUUUGGAAAUGUGGAAAUUAGUUGGAAUAUGAAAUAAGCCAAUAGUGAUAACUCUGGUUAGAAUAUUAUACUUCCUUUUUACUUCUCAUGAUCAUGUUAAAUAUAUAUUAAUGAGUAUUUGCAAUAAAACAAUGGAACUUUUAGAACUAGUAGCAGCCUCUCUACUAUUGACUGAGGAGGCAUAGAGCAGAAAUUAGUGACAUAUUUCACCAAAGAUAAGGAAAGAGCUAAGUGGCUUGCGUAGGUGGUCAGUGACACCAUCUGACUGGAGGCAGCCUGAGAGCAAGCCAUGUAAUUGGUCUCAUUAGAAGAGAAAGGAUAUAAAACUACAGAAUAAUGGAAAUAUGCUUAAAUAUCCCUUAAAAUAAAAUCACACGUGUAUGCCAUAAAAAAUUAUUCUGUUUGUAGCACCUAGAUUAGUAUGCAUUUUCCCAUUCAAGCAUCACUGCAGGCUUGAUAAUUUUGUAGCUAUUUUAUUUUAAUUGGUUUGAUUUAUUAUGGUACAUGGGACCAUAUGUAAAUACACAAAUCAAUGAAUUACAAAUUUGAUAUCUGGUGCAGAGCAAAGCGAGCUGAAUCUUAGGAGGAGCUUUUUAAUAACUAUGAAAUUCUAGGCUUCUGCUUUUUGAGUUGUUUUACGUGGAUCAAACAAAAAUCAGUAAAAUGUAAAUUAUGAAGUGUUAAAUGAGUAUUAAUUAGGGCGAACAUAUCUUUCCUAUAAACUAGGAUUUUGAGUGCUUAAAUGUCCUUUGCAGCUGUUGAACUUCAGGUCCAUUAUCUGUCGCAGAAGAACUUCAAAGUGAAUUUCUAUGCAUUUUGAUUAUUUUAUAACAUAAUUUAAGAAAUGUAUGACCGUACAGCUGCUGCUCCUGUUCUUGGAAUAAAUUUUUUGAAGAAACUA